AUGGCUAAAGAGGCAUUGGCAGAGGUAGGCUGUUAUUUUGAUGAACUCAACAAGCUACGUGCACUCGAGCCAGAAGUCAGCCAGAAGACAGCGGAGCUCAAAGAAGACUGCAAAGAUUUUUUGGACAAAAUUGUGCAGUUUCUAAAGAUAAUUGGCGGUCUCAUGGACCUAGUAGACGAGUUGGCAAAUGAGACAGAGAGGGAAAAAUUGAAGGCCCUUGGGACAAGAAACCUGCUGAAGUUCAUGGCAAAACAACGAGAGGCCCAGCAACAGCAACUGUCAGCUCUCAUUGCAGAAAAGAUGAUGCAACUUAAGAGAUAUCACAAUGAGUAUGAAACCCUGUCUAAAGUAGAAGCGGAACAAAAUGAAUUCAUUAACCAAUACAUUUUGCAGAAGUGA